AUGACAGUUCAAUCGAUAAAGCGAAAAAAUGAGUUGUAUCUCGAGAAAAUGGAGCUGACCGAUAAAUUUGUAACGCUACACGAAAAGCUUCAAAACGAGCUGAGUUUGGCUAGUCUGUGCAUUUCAAAAGCAAAAACAACACACGGUAUCAGUCUCUUCAGUGUAAAUUCAUUCGAUUCUCAUGAUUUGGAACCGUCAGUAAGAAUCGAUGUCGACAAUGGGAAGUUCACAAUUGUUAAGGAAUUAGAAGAAGAAGAGACAAAGAAAGAAAAAGAAGAAACUGAUGAGGGCGAAGACAAAAAAAAGAAGGAUAGUGGCGAGUCUGAAGACGUUGAAGACUCUGAAGCCAAAAAGUCACCAUUCGCUGGCCAAUUCAGGCCGUUCGGAGUCCUCGAAUCAACCGCAGCGAAAGAUGCGAGAAAAAUAUAUAAAAGUGCUAUUCAGACAAUCGUCGACUUGGUCUCCACGCAACAAUCCAUCAUCUCUAAAACUCAUGAGCUCACCGAUAACUGA